AUGCCUAACAACACCUCUUCCCCCGUCAAGCGCCCCGGUCUUGGCCGUCGAGCGGUCUCCUCGCAUGCGGUGGUCACGCGAACCAGUUCCGGCAACGAGCUGUCCGAGUCGCACACCAACAAAGCCCCAGUGCACAAUAAACCACAUCGCGCCCAUGUCGUGGGGGGUCACCGCAAUCACCACCACCAUCACCACCGCAACCCCUCGUUCGGGAAGAAUCUAAGCAAAUUCAAGCUAUUCCAACUCGCCCCCGAAACCACCGGUCGGAAUCACCACCGCAAGAAAUCCGCCCCCGCAACUCCCGUGGGCAGCCCCGGCAAAAGUUCUGGGCAUGUGCGCUGGGACGGUGCGCUGGAGGAUCACCCGAAGAACCACUCGAUGAAGAGGAAUAACUCCACCCCCGUACUGCGACGGAACGCCUCUGCUGUGGGAAAGAGAGCUCUUAUUACGACUGAGCGACCGCAUUCGAGCGCCGGAAAGAAGAAGACGGUUGGAUUUGAGCUGGGUGAUGAUGAGAACGACGACGCCGAUUGGGAAGAUACAACGCAAUCCCCUGAAAGUACGAGGCGCAACUCUGUCGCGCCCUCCAACCCCAGUCUUGACAACACCACUCAGGUCCUGGUUGACCCUCUCACCUUUGUGAAGCGCCCAUACCCGCAAAUACCUCGUGCUACGAGUCUACCAGACUCCAUCACCAACAAGUUCGUUCGCGACAACCCCGAUCCCGAAGAGUACGAAGACGAGGAAGACCAGGACAAUAAGCAGGAGCUUGACCAGUCGACAGACCAGGGCGACAUCGCCAACCGGUUGUUGAGUCCCUCCCACUCCGCAAGAGCUCCUCCUGCCAUGUCUUCCAUUUCUGCGAUGGCCAAGCCGUCGGCCGCAGAUGUCUCGUCGCGCAGUGCCUCUGUAAACCUAGCUGGUCAGGAGUGUACCCGGCGGACCUUCUCCACAUCCAACCUUGGGUUGGCCAAUAUACCUGGAAGUCAACCCCAGGCCACUUCCUCUUCGAUGGAAGGCGGCGUCUCCAGAUUCAUCGUUAGCAACAAGAACGCCAACCAAGCAUCAUUCUCCCGCACCGACUCCGAUCCCAAUACCCCGUCGUCAUUUCUACCCCACUACCAUCCGCAAACACCUCCGUCUCCGAACCGAGGCGCAGGAAAGGCAGCAGCUUCUCCGGCACGACCUCUGGGUUCUGAUCUGCCUUCACGAACCCAGCAGAAGCUUUGGCUUCAGCGUACAGCCACUCUCAACGAUUCGCCGCCUGACAAUCAUGGCGUACCAAAAUCUGCAACAUCCUCCACCAUGGAUCCCGCAUUCAAUGCGGUGUCCCAGGCGCGCCCUGGAACAGUUACAUUCGAUACCAGCAGAAACAUGAAUGGCGGUGUCCGAACCGGAGCUUCUGGUCACGACACCGAAUCACGACACACUCGCAAGGCGUAUGAGAAGGUCUCCUUGGAACUGACCGUGGUGCGGCGGUUCCAAUCACCCACGGGAGAUAGCUUCAACCGACUCCGUGCCCUCGCCCGUGCAUCCAAGGCUCGCGUGAUCAGUGAAGAACCGGCCUCUGCAAUGGGUAAGCCCGUCAAGUCGGCCCCUUCGCUGCCCCUUCUCCAGCACGGCAAACACCCCAGCCGGCUAGGAUCUAGCUCCGAGUCGAAAUCGCAGGUGCCUGACCAACAUUCCUCCACCUCGGAGGAUCUGGCCACCCAAAGCGAAUCUACGGACGCCAUCCAGGCAGCCAAGUCUUCUCACCCCUCCCACCGCAUCCUCUCGACCUCCGAUGAUGCUACGCAUGGGCUGACGGGGGACCAAGAUCCAGAGGACUAUCCACCGGUGAACCAGACUGAUAUGAUGAUCCGCCGCAUGUGGGAGAGUCGAGAGGUGGCCACUUCAGGUUGA